AUGAAUUUUGAAUUUGAGAGGGAGAUCGGGUUUAUAAAUAGCCAGCCUUCGCUCGCAGAGUGCCUGACGUCUCUUCCCGCUGUCCUGGAGACAUUUCAAACUUCAUCAAUCAAGGACUCGACAUUAAUUCCUCCUCCUUUUGAGCAAACCGUCCUCAGCCUGAAUCCUUGUUCCAGCAACCAGGCAAGACCGAGGAACCAAAAAAGAACAUCUCAUGGCCUGCUCCAGCUCCAACCCCAACCUCCAGCACAGCCUGGGCCCUUGGCAGCAGAAUUCCCAUGGAUGAAGGAGAAGAAAUCCUCCAAGAAAUCUACCCAGGCUCCAUCUUCCUCUUCUUCCCCCCCAUCAUCAUCAUCCUCGGUGCCGGUCCCUGCCGCAGGAUCUCCUGCAGAUAUCCAGGGAUUGGGGGACAGUGGUGGCUCCAGGAGGCUCCGGACCGCCUACACCAACACCCAGCUUCUGGAGCUGGAGAAGGAAUUUCACUUCAACAAAUACCUCUGCAGGCCCCGGAGGGUGGAAAUCGCUGCUCUGCUCGAUCUCACCGAGCGACAAGUCAAAGUUUGGUUCCAGAACCGUCGGAUGAAACACAAAAGGCAAACCCAGUAUAAAGAAAACCCUGACGGGGAUCUCGCCUACCCCAACCUGGAUGAAGGCAGCGACCCAGCGGAGGAACCCGAGGAGAACCCGACGUUCGGGUCGGUUCCGGAGCCCUCUGGGUCAUUCCAAAGCGAAAAGCAGGGCAGUGAGGAACCCGGCAGUCCGAGAGGGUUCGGGGGGGACCCCACUACCGCUGCCGGCCCCUCGGACCGCGGUUACCCCGAGAGCCAGGACUCGCCUUUGUUACCAGAGCUGAGCAUCUUCUCGGCAGAGUCCUGCCUGCAGCUCUCGGAGGGAUUUUCUCCCGGGUUCCAGAGCUCCCUGGAGAGUCCCGUCCACUUCUCCGAGGAAGACCUGGACUUUUUUACAAGCGCACUUUGUACUAUAGAUUUGCAACAUUUACAUUUCCAAUAA